AUGUCGCAUGGAUUGAAAUUACAUAGCAAAGCAAAUCACCAUCGAAUAAUUAAAUUUUUUGGAGCAAGUCAUGAUGAAGAAAACGAAUUAUAUUAUCUUGUGUUAAAAUUUGCUGAAUGUACUUUGAGAAAGUAUUUGUCAACGGAAAAAGAUACUCUUCAGUGGACAGAAAAAGUACAACUAGCAAUUCAAAUAGCUGAAGGAGUACAAUAUAUUAACAGCGAGCUUAAUGUUGCACAUCCAGACUUUGGGCUAUCCAGAUGCCUUGACAGUACGAUUACGACAAAUAGCCAAAUAAUUGGAAUUGCUCCAUUUAUUGAACCACAAAAAUUUAAAAACAAGAAUUACAAACAAGAUAAGAAGUCAGAUAUAUAUAGUCUUGGCGUAAUAUUUUGGGAGAUCUCAAGUUGCAGUCCUCCGUUUUGUAGUUUAGAUCCGAAUGCAGUAAUUUUAGAUGUAUGUAAAGGUAUACGAGAAAAAACAGUAGCCGGAACUCCAAAUGAAUAUGUUCAGCUUUAUUCUGAUUGUUGGAAGGAAGAUCCCACUUGCCGCCCUGAAAUAUAUAAUAUCCUUAAUU